AAGGGGAGUGAGUUGUUUGGUGGCCUUUCAACCUCUGGAUUUUUUUAUUUUAUUUUAUUUUAUUUUUAAGGAAUAUUUUCCUUGCAACCUUUUUAGAAACAGAAAAAUGCCCUCUUCCACCAACAGCUGUAGAGUGAACCGCUCUUAAAUGGUCGUAGGGAUGCGACACAGCUCUCUGGGCUGAGGGGAGAGGCAGCAGCUUGCUGAAGGGUUUGGUGUCUUUCAGUCUCUCUUUGUAAGGAGGAGGGAGACAGAAUAUCAGUAAGGAUUGUCAUUUUAUCUUCCAUAAAGGUCUGAGUGGUACUUCUGAGUUUGAGGAAGAAAGAGAACCUGUCUGCUCAUUUCAGAUGGGAUUCAUUGCUCUCUGCCAUAGCUGUACGUUCCAGUAAUGAUUAAGGCUGAAUGCUUUCCUAGUGGUGUGUUGAAUAGCCCUGAAACGUAGUAAUUACUUGUACAUCCUACAAUCAGUCCUUUUCCCUCCUCGUUUCCUGUGCUUUAAAGCCCUUCUUGAGCUGUAUACAGUUUGGGUUUGUGGAGGUGAGGAGAAGUUAGUUGGUGUUCUUUUGUUUUUCUUUUCUUUUCCUUUCCUUUUUUUUUUUUUUUAGGCCAAAGAAAACAGGACCAUAAUUACACACUUGAAAUUAGACUGCAUGCAAUCGAGUCCCCUUUUUUUCACUCUGUCCUGCAUGUUUCUUUCACUUGCAAUGUAUACUGGGUUACAGAAAUUGUUCUGUGUUUUCAUCAUGGCCGGCAGCAGAUAGACACUGGAUUCCCUGUCUGGUAGACCUUCCAUGAUGAUCUUUUUUUCAUGUGUAUUUGUCAUUUUGAGAACAUAUUUUCUAGACAUUCGAGCUCAGAUUUUGCAUAUACUUAAGCAUGCGCUUAAUUUAUGCACAUGAAUAGUUCCACUGAAAUUAACACUGCAGAAAAUUGAGCAUAUGUGUAAGAUACAGUGGGAUUUUUAAGCUAAUUAGCUGCAGCUGUACUGCUGAAAGUGACAAUAAAAGUCACAGUGAGAUUCCAAGGUUUAAAGUCUUUUACAAGUUAAAAUAAGCAUAUAAAUCUUGGAAGCUCACUCUAGGAUCGGAAAAGUCAGCUUAGGCUCUGUAAUCAAGAUUUUUCUCAUAAAACCUAACGAUCAGGGUCCCGAGGGAGGGUUCCUUUCCCUCCUGAGUGAGGCUACAAGCUGCGGAAAGGUCAAGUCACCCUUGUUGUGGUAUGUGUUGGCUCUGCAGUACUUCCAAGAAGAAAAGUGUGCUGCUUAAUCAGUGGCGACAGGAGAUGCCAUUCUCGAUCUGCAUGGGGAGGACAUUUUGAGAAGUAAGGACUUUCCAUUCUCGUAUAGUUUAUUCUCUGACCACCACAGCCCCCUGAAGUAUUCCUGUUGAAGUUAGUGCUUUACUUAGCGUGUAUCUAUAACGUGAUAACUGUUAAUACUUUAUGGACAUCGUUGUGUAUGUGUUACACUAAUAGAAGCACGUUAAAUACAGCAGAGGCUGAACCAAAACGGGGCUUUAGUAUCUCCAUGAUAUCUGAGUAAAGUUGUCUUCAAGUAUCUCCUUAGAGGUGUCACUUUAUUUUUCAGUGCUGCACUUAGAAUUGAUUUAAAUAAAUCAUUUGUUACGGAUUGUCCUAGGACUCGAAUUUGAUGUUUCUAUCGAAGAGACCUUCAUAGGCCACCUGCGGUAUGUCAGGAGUAACACCACUGUCUGGUUUGAGAACAUACAGAACGCUGAACUCCGUUGGUUUUAGACUAAUAUAAACAGGGGAGAGUAAGAUCUAAAUGCUUAAGAUUUUUUGUUGAUACACGCUGUAUGACAGAAAUUCUUGGCCACAUCCUCAACUGAAGUCAGUGACCCUCUGGUCUGAUCUUCUCCAGAGUUGAUGCUUUAGAUUUUUUACAUGUAAAAAUGUCAGGGCUGAAUCUAGUCCUUAUAUCCAUGUACUCAGGCUUUGGAGAGAUUUGGUUCUGAGCUGUGGAAUUUGGCCUCCAAUGAUGUAAAACUAUACUGCAAAUAAAGCACUGGGUCUUAAAUGUUCUUCCCCAAAAGUGCGUUUACAGACAGAUUUAAAAUCAGGUCCGAUUCAAUGACUACUCUUCAUAAACUAUGUAGCGCUACCCAGGAGGGAGCAGAACACAGCUUUAUCCAUUAAAGCACAGGAACAGAAAGGCAGUUACAAGUCUGAAAAUGCAGAAGCCUGUUGUAAUGAUGAUAAACAUUUAUAUCUCACCAUUACACGGUUAAAUAUGGCCAUCAUAGAUUCUUCCACAAUACCUAAAAAAAUUAUGGCCCUCUCCUAAAAGUAACAGCAUUAGUGACUCUCCUAGGAGAACCUGGCAUUUUGCUAACAGCUGUUUCUUGUCUGGUACGAAAGGCUUCCUUCAAAAAAACGCUGACUGUCUGGGAAAAUAAAUGUCCUAUUUAAUUGAGUAAUUCACAGACACAGCCCCCGCUUCGGUGGGAAUCUUCUGUGUAGCAUCCACCAGCUCAGUCCCGGUGACUUGCACUUUUCCUAGGGUGUCCACAGUGCUGAAGUACUCUCCUGUAGCAAUACAAACAGGAGUGAAAUCUGUGUUACAUUGCAGUGUUACAUGACGUCCCUUUUAUUUCCCUUCCUAGCCAGGGCAGCGAUGUGCUGGGGCCCUCUGCUGGGUGGCUGCUGCUGCUGGCUGGAAACGAAAACAGGAAUUACGAAUGACUUCCUCAGCACAGCUAACAGCACGGAAACAUUUGAAAUGCACAGAGGAAGGGCAUUUUGGAAUCUGCUUUUUCAUUUUCACAUCAGAAGGAUACGGAAUUUCUGUGGCCUUGAUUUUUGUACAUAAGCUAGUACAACACCCCCCUGCCCAGCCCAGCUGUACGACUCGCCUACACUUUGUUUUCAUCAAGAAAACACAGCAAGAGCAUCCCUUCCUCAACCUUAGCAAGAGGACAGGCAUAUUUACUGUAACGUCCUUUAUAUUCUAAAAACGUGCCCAAUAGAUCAAUCGCAGUCCAUUUUUUUUUUUUUUUUUUUUAACAUUUAUUGGCUCUAAAUUGGUCUUUGGGGUGGAAGAGGUUGUUUUUAUUUUGCUCUUUCCCCCCCCCCACACUCUCAGCAGCAGCGAAAAAGCUGUCUGCAAAAAGACUGUGCUUUGUACAGAGCAAGUGGCAACCGUCCUGCGAGACCUGCUGACAGUGGUACGUCUGAGCACUGUGACAAAUCGCGUUAGCUGUUCCUUUACGGCGUACGUCCUAUCAAAGUAUUCUCUUUAGUCACGUUUUAUAGGAGUGUUAAAAAGCUACUGGCUAAUUAACCACUUUGACACUUGUAUAAUUCAGAGCUUAGUUUAAAAAAUAAAUCUGGCAACGAUAUUUUUGUGUUCUGUUUGUGCUGGCAUUUUGAAAGGCAGCAUUUAAAAGAUGUAAGCCGUGUUAAACGGACUAGGGUGAUCCAUGCCGCUGCCCUCUCAACUGUAGAACUGAAACUGCUGAAAUGGUUGACAGAGGUCAAACCCUGUUUUGGUAGAAAUUAAAAAAUUAGGGGGCAAAACAGCCCUGUGAUGGGCAGGAUAUGCCAAUUCCAUUUUAAACUGCUGCAGUUUCACCGAGUCAUGUGAACUUGCACUGGUUCGCCGUGGAUUUGGCUGGGUGUGUGCUAACAAAGAAUACAACAUGGUCUGGGUGAGAAAAGCACGUCUCUGGCAGACAAAGGGGCUCUUUCUGUGCUAAAGAAUGAUAAAUACAGUGGGCAGGAGUGUUUGACUAAGGAACAUGGCAUCCAACUAAUGCCGAGGCUGUGGGAAAAGUUCUGUUAGCAUCAAUCAUUAUAAAAAUUGGAAGCGACUCUUUGUAGAGUCCUGUGUUAAUCUGUAGUGGAUCUUCCAAACGACUGGAAAGCAGGAGAUGGGUUUGUUGAGUAACCCUCUCAUGAAGUUCUUAUGUUUGAUCUUAUGACGACCCGCACUUGGGAAGAAAAUAAAAAAUCUAAAAAAUUAAAUAAAAAUUUAGGAGAAAAUAAAUUAAAAAGGCCCAGUUUCUCAAGGGAUCAUUAUUCAUGAUUCUGAAAAUUAGAUUUCUUUAAGACAUCUCAUUGGAAAUGUAGGCCCUAAGCUCACCGAUUCCUUCUGAAAAGACAGGCCUUAGUACGUAUUUUGAUUAGAACAAGUGUUAAUCGUCAUCUCUUUAUGGAGUCCUUUAGAGAGAAAAGGCAUCGUGGAAGGCCUGAUUAUUCUUCACGUCUGAGCAACAGACGAGUUUUCCCCAACCACCGUAAGGUUCUUUAUCGGAUGGGGCUGAAAUCUUGCAUUGCCUACGUGCUGAGCAUGGCUUCUCCAUCUUGCUUGGUACUGGACAUGACACCUGGAAAUAAGUUUCAAGGCUUUAGUUGUAAGCAGUAGGGUGCUGCAUGGCCAAAAGGAGCUCAAACUGAGCUUCGAGGAAAUUAUGGCAGUAUGCGUAUGGCUUCGGUACGCACUUAAUUUGUACCCACAAAUAGGCAGUGUUUAUUUCUACUGGGCAUUUGGGCAUGCAAGUGAUAACGUGCAUAAAUCCUGCAUGACACCGAACAAUGGGAGCUAGAGGUAUUUCUCCCAGCUGCAGCAGGGGCCUGACGCUUGCAUGGCUCAUGCCUUGACUGCUUAACAGCUGAAGCUGUGGACUUCAUUACUGGUAGCGUGGCUAUUGCUGUUCCUUGUACAACCAUUUAUUUUUUAUUUUUUUGUCCUAAAGUUAGAGUCAAAGCAAGAGAAGUGGUGAGUUCAGAACGUGUUGAAGGUCUGGAGUCCACACUACAGCUCUGUAAUGGGGUCUGUAGUUGUCAGCUCACCUCCUGAUGAUCAGCCCAGCUUUUUCAAAUGGAUUCAGCAGCUCACAGGGGUUGAGUCCUUCAUUAUUUUACUGCCCAGCGAUGAAAUAUGUAGGUGGGACUACAAAUAGACUUACUGAAGCAGCUUGCUUGAAGGGAAGGCGGUAUCUGUCGUGGAUCUGGGGGGAAUGGAACCAGCUGUCUGUGGAUGAGGGGAGACAAGUAAGCUAUUGCAGAUAUCCCAAUCAAAGUCAGAGUGCUUUUAGAUUGCCUCCUCUAAGCAAUCUUUACUGAAUUUAUUUUUGCUCCUUCAAUGCGUACAUUUUAGCACUAAGCAUUUAGCCACUUUUUACUUCCUAUCAUUUAUUAGUAUGAAUUUAAGACCUCUGCAAUUCCUCGAUUCCCCUCAACCCAAGAAAUCACAUUUAGUUCUGUUGCACCACAAAGCAAAACCAGGUAUGGAUUGAAGUCCUAGACACACUCAUCCUCGUGCAACUCUUCUUGAAUAACUAGUUGUGCUAGCAAAAAGACCCAAACCAAACCAAGAUGUGGCUUUUCUUGUUUUAGCACAUCUGGGAGGAAGUUCAGCGGUUUUCAUUAUUCUGGGCUCCUCUUAAAAGGAAACGCUUCUUCUAAAGUGAGCUGUGCUCUAUUUUUAAAUACAUUUAGACUGCUGCAUUCAGGGGUAAAAUUGCAAGGGAAGAAAUGUUGUAAAAGCUCUUUCCCACAUGCCUUCUGGCGUGUCAGGUGUAUUUGGCUUGGAGGGGAGGGGAGCUGGGGCUGUUGGAGGCAGAACAGCAGCAUGCAAAGGUAAGAGCCCCGAACUGUCUUCACUUCAGAGAUGCUCAGAAAGCAUUUAAAAACAAACAAACAAACAAACAAACAAAAAACCACCUUAAUUCCUCUUUUCCCCCUUUUGUCAUCUUGUUAGUUGCUACACAGAGCUUCUGGGGCUACAGUAUGAGUCAUCUGGAUCCUUUAAUACAGGAUUGGGCACUGGUGCAGUGGCUAGAAAUCCUAGAAUCUGGGACGUUUGUUGGUGAGAUUCUUGCUAGAGUAAGGAUCAAAAGUGCUGAGCAGCCUCAAAGCUAAUGGAAAAUGAAGGCAUUCAGGACCUUAAGACAGACUUCAGGAUUUAAAUCCUUGUAAUUGAGAGCUGUAUUAAGAAGGGCCCAUUGCUGUCCCUGAGCCAGGGGCUUCCUCACUCACCUCAGUAAGAGUACCCACCACGCAGGAUUAAAAUUCUCUAUUAUCACACACCAGAACAGCAGCCUUGUUUUAAUAAAUCAUUGUAACUGAUCAUUAAUCUCGUAUGAGGAAGUUGUGUCCACAUUAGUGUCAGAGAGAUGUGUUUGUUCUCCUCACUGUUCAGUUAAUGAAGGUGAAUGUUCUGAAUCCAUUUUGGAGCAGAGUUUUUGUUCAGAAACUUUUGAAAGGAAUGUCAUCUGUAAUGACGGAUGGGUCCUUAAGUGUCGACUUGGCAACUUGUCCUACUGUGGGUAGCUGCAGAAAUAUUUCAUGUAUGUUGUUGUAGACUUACAAACAUUAAUCAUGUUCUCAUUCAAGUGUCUGCAUUUCUGACACAGAUGUGACAUAUCUGUAUAUAUUAUAAAUCAAUACUAUUUUUAACCACAUAUUUUGUACAAAUAUUCACAUUAGCUCUGUACUUCAGUGAAAAUCUAUUAUGGUAUUAAACAUUUUGGUGGAAUUAGCAGACUCGUCUAUGCUUUAUUUUCAUUUUGUAAGUAUUAAGCGGUGAUUUAUUUGAUUUAUUUCUUGCAUCCAAGACAAGUACUACUGUUUCCAGGUAUUCAGAACAAUACCUUAAAUCCAAAUAGACCUGUACCUCUAGUGACUAACUCCGGCCACUGCCAAAGUGUGCAGGUCACUCCUGCAGCUUCCCAGCCCCCUAGGUCUGAGUGAUGGAAGGCCAAAAUUCAAGUUGAACUGACAAUGAAUGUGAGUACUAUUUUUCCUAGUUAAUCAGAGCAACAGUAGGAGACAGCACAUUGCAACGAGAUUUCAAUCUACAUGGUACACACAGGUGCAAUUUUAUAAGGUCUUUUUCCUUUUUACCCCUUUCUCUGAAGCUGCUGCCAUUAGAUCACUGAUAGGAAGCGGAUGCUGAGCUUCAUGCAUCAACAGGUGUCAUGUUGCCUCAGAAGAAGGGAAGAAUACCUUCCAGCGUAGCUGUGAGCUGUUAUUGGAGAGUCCUGGUGACUUGCUUACUAUUUCUUCCAAGUGCUUUCUCUUUCCAGCCAGACCAGCCCAAGGUGUUGUUGGUAUCUUUUGAUGGAUUUCGAUGGGAUUACAUCUAUCAAGUCUCAACUCCCAAUUUUCAUUAUGCCAUGCAGAAUGGUGUUCAUGUUAAACAGGUCACUAACGUGUUCCUAACGAAAACGUAUCCUAAUCACUAUACAAUGGUGACAGGUCUCUAUGCAGAAAGCCACGGUAUAAUUGCUAAUGAGAUGUAUGACCCUAUUCUGAAUGAAACUUUCUCUGUGAACAACAUGGAUAGCUCCAUUUGGGAAAGUGGGAUCUAUAAUUCCAAGUUCUGGGAAGAAGCCAGCCCGAUAUGGGUAACAAACCAGAUGGAAGGACAUAAAACUGGAGCAGCUCUGUGGCCUGGAACGGAUGUGAAAAUACAUGGAGUCUUUCCAACCUAUUACAUGCCCUACAAUGAAUCUGUUUCAUUUGAAGACAGAGUUGCUAGGCUUAUCGACUGGUUUAAGUUGGAAGAACCCAUAAAUUUUGGUCUGCUCUACUGGGAACAGCCUGAUGAGAUGGGCCAUGUUCUGGGCCCAGAAAAUCCACUUAUGGGACCGAUAAUUAGUGAUAUUGACAAGAAGCUGGGAUACCUGAUGUUUGAACUGAAGAAAGCGAAGCUGUGGAAUGUGGUAAAUGUCAUAAUCACGAGUGACCAUGGGAUGUCACAGUCAUCCUCAGAGCGGCUCAUUGAGCUUGAUCAGUAUGUGAACAGAGAGCUCUAUCGAGUCAUUGACCACUCUCCUGCAGUAGCUAUUUUGCCAAAAGAAGGCAAACUGGAUGAAGUAUAUGAAGCUCUGGCCAAUGCUCAUCCCAACAUGACUGUUUAUAAAAAGGAGCAGAUUCCAGAUAGAUUCCAUUACAAACACAACCACAAGAUUCAGCCAAUCUUAGCUGUGGCUGAUAAAGGAUGGGAAAUUGUAUUCAAUAAGUCCGAUGGUUUUCAAUUUGGUAAUCAUGGAUAUGACAACAGCUUACAAGAAAUGCAUCCCAUUUUUUUGGCAGUCGGGCCUGCUUUCAGAAAGAAUGUCACCAGAGAAGCCAUGAAUUCUACAGAUUUGUACCCCUUGUUGUGCCAUCUCCUCGGUAUAACCCCCCUGCCAAACAAUGGUUCGUUCAACAAUGUGAAAGAUAUUCUUGCUGAAAAGGUUCCUGUACUCUUGGGAGCAGACAUCUAUGCUGCUGUUGUUGGAGUCUUUCUAAGCGGAUUUCUUGUUAUGAUUUUUUUUGCACUUCUUGUUAAGCAUGUAAUCCUUACCCAAACAAGUACCAAGCGAAUGCGACGUAGUGAAGCUUCCCAGCCACUCUUAGAAGAUCCAUAGCGCUUGCCAGUGGAGGCACGGUGAAGUUUUAGAGUAACCCUUGGUACUGUUUCUUGCUUGAUGCUUAAAAUAAGCUUGUACAAAUAACAACUAAUAGCAGAGGUUCAGCAUAAACAUGUAAAGUAAAAGAAAACAGAUGCUGAUCCAUUGGUACA